AUGGAGGAAGAGCGCCUUUGGAAGUUUAGGAAACCCGAGUGGUUAAACAGCAUGUGGGCUCGGAACGCUGGCGUCUACGGCGCCGGGGCUCUGUUCUCCAUCGCCUUUUACGUUAUGCUCGACUCCGCCGUCUGGUCAAAGUCGGCCAAGAACGGAUCCAACGUCCACGUAAAAUUCGUCGACUGGCUGCCGCUCAUCUUCUCCAGCCUGGGCAUGCUCAUCAUCAACUCGGUCGAGAAACAGCGCCUCAGCACCGACUCUUUCAGCUAUAGCGGAUCUGGUGUCGCAUGGAAGGCGCGUGUGGUCUUGUUCUUGGGGUUCGCGGCCCUUGCGGGCGGUAUGGCCGGAGGUGUCACCGUUUUUGUCCUCAAAUUCAUCGUCCCGGGCGUCGGCAUGCCGGCUCUGAGCAUGGGUAUCGAGAAUCUGGUUAGCAACGCUCUGGUGGGUUUCAGCUCUGUCGUUCUAUGGAUCAGCCAGAACAUGGAGGACGAGUACUCCUACAACCUUUCUCUGUAA